AUGGUGAUUGGUAUAUUGAUAGUUUAUUUUACUACACCAGCAGCUACUGUUCCAACGUGUAGACUUAAUUUUAAUAUGAUGGUUCCAAAUCCAGUUGAAUAUAAGAGUCUUCCGCGAUUUGCUACCAUGGGUGACUUUAACAAUGAUUCUCGACUAGAUAUUGUUGUUGUUAAUCACGCUAUUGACAAUAUAGCUUUGUACUUUGGAUUUGGUGAUGGUACUGUGGCAAAUCCAAUUAAGUACUUCACCGGCUCUGGUUCUGCGCCAUACAUGGCUGCUGUUGGCGAUUUUGAUAACGAUUAUCGACUAGAUAUCGCCGUCGCGAAUUUCGGCACAAAUAGCAUCGGUAUGUUUCUUAGGUUUCAACAUGAAUCUUUCAUGAGACAAACAGUACUUUCACUCGCAUCAUCCCGUCCGAUUUGGAUCCAUGCAGCAGAUCUCAACAAUGAUGCAGCCCUAGAUAUUAUCACGGCUAACUAUGGAACACAUUGUGUAAGCGUACUUUAUGGAUAUGGUGACGGUAGCUUUUCAAAUCCAAACGUGUAUUCUACCGGCUAUGAUUCUUUUCCUGUUGCGGUUGUUAGUGGUGAUUUUAACAACGACAAACAGUUGGAUCUAGCUAUUGCCAACUAUGGUACAAACAAUAUUGGUAUAUUACUUGCAACUAAUAAAACUACUUUUGCAGAACAAAUAACAUUUUCAACCGGUUCAAAUUCUCAUCCCUAUUCGCUUAUUGUUGGUUACUUUAAUGACGACAUCAUGAUAGAUAUCGCCGUCACUAACUUUGGAAAUAAGAGUGUUGGAAUAUUUAUUGGUCAAGGUAAUGGAAAUUUUAUAAAUCAAAUGACAUAUUUCUUUGAUGAUGUUUCUCCAUAUUCAAUCGGUACUGGUGACUUCAAUAACGAUCAUCGAGCGGAUUUAGUCGUUACUAAUAAAGGUGCUCACAACAUAGCUCUAUUUCCUGGAUAUGGCAAUGGCAAAUUUGCCAGUCCAACAAUGUUUUCAAAUAUUGUUGUCAUCAACAAUGACACAAGCACCGUACAAAUUAUGCUUGGGUAUGAUGAGUUUUUUCCAAUUCAAACAACAUAUUGGACUGGCUGGGCACCAGCAGCUGUAGCUGUUUCUGAUCUCAAUAAUGACAAUCACUUGGAUAUUAUUGUACCCAAUGCCGGUGACAACAAUGUAGGUGUCCAUCUUGGAUAUGGAAAUGGUUCUUUUGGUAAUCAGACGACGUAUUCCACUGGUUCUGGACCAUACAAUGUAGCUAUUGGUGAUGUUAACAAUGACAAUCAUCUGGAUAUCAUCGUAGUUAACUUAGACAGUAACAGUAUAAGUAUUUUUCUCGGAUAUGGAAAUAGCACUUUUAACAAUCAAACUAUGUAUUCAAUUGGUAAUGGGCCAAUUUCUGUAGAUAUUGGCCAUUUUAACAAUGAUUCCUAUAUGGAUGUCGUCGUCGCUAAUUCUUAUGCCAAUACUGUAAGUAUCCUCAUCGGAUAUGGAAAUGGUUCUUUUAGAGAUCGAACGGAUUAUGCAGUUGGUGCUAACCCAUACGCUUUAGCUGCUAGAGAUCUCAACAACGACACUUAUUUGGAUAUCAUUGUAGCUAAUUCGGAUAGCAAUAAUAUAGGUGUCCUCCUCGGAUAUGGAAAUGGUUCUUUUGACAAUCAAAUGACAUUUUUAACUGACGUUACCCCGCAAUCUAUAGGUAUCGCUGAUUUAAACAAUGAUACUCAUAUGGAUAUCGUUACCGCUAAUUUUUAUGCCGAUAGUGUUAACGUUCUUCUUGGGUUUGGGAAUGGUUCCUUUGCAGAUAAAAUGUCAUAUUCAACUGAUUCUCAUCCUCAAACUGUAGCUAUUUGUGAUUUUAACAAUGACACCUACUUGGAUAUCGUCACCGCUAACUAUGGUGCCAAUACUGUAAGUAUCCUUAUUGGAUAUGGAAAUGGUUCUUUUGGAAGCCAAAUGGCAUUUUCAGCUGGAACUAAUCCAAUAUAUGUAGCUGUUGGUGAUUUUAACAAAGACGCUCGACCGGAUAUCGUCGUUGCUAAUUAUGUUGGCAACAAUUUAGGCGUACUACUUCGAUAUGAUAGGGGAGCCGUAAGAGAGAAAAUGACAUUUGCAUCUGCUGAUGCCUCUAAAGUGCAAAGUGUUAAUAUUUUUGAUUUCAAUAAUGAUAAACGACUAGAUAUUGUCGUUGUCAAUUCUGGUACUGAUAACAUAGGCGUUCUUCUCGGAUAUGGGGACGGUACUUUUCAAAAUCAGAUGAUGCUUUCAACGGGUACAAAAUCUCAUCCUUACUCAAUGGCAAUCCAUGAUUUCAAUGGAGAUGGUCAAGUAGAUAUAGCAGUGGCCAAUUAUGGUACGAAAAAUCUUGUUACAUUUCUAGGAAGCAGAAAUGGAUCAUUUGAAAAUCAGAAGAAUUACGUAGUAAAUUUUGAUUUCACUCCAUUAUUUAUUACUGCCCGUGAUUACAAAACAGAUGGAUCUACAGAACUUAUUGUCGCCUAUGAUAGUACUGAUUAUGUAGAUGUGUUUAUGUCAUAUAGAAUUUGGUCAUUCGAUUAUUAUAACAAAUAUUCAGCAGGGAGUCGCCCAGCUGCUGUCAGUAUUGCUGACUUUAACAACGAUCACCAUCUCGAUAUGCUUGUAUGUAACAAUGGUGAUGGAAGUAUCUACGUCUUUCUUGGAUAUAGCAACGGCUCUUUCGUCUAUCAAGCGACGUAUUUAACUGGUUCGAAUCCACGGAAUAUAGUUAUUGGCGACCUGAAUAAUGAUAACCAUUUGGAUAUUAUUGUAGCUAAUACCGGUAGUAACAAUGUAGGCGUCCUUCUCGGAUAUGGAAAUGGUUCUUUCGCUGAUCAAACGACGUAUUCAGCUGGUUCGAAUCCACGGAGUGUAGCUGUUAGUGACCUCAAUAAUGACAACCAUUUGGAUAUUAUUGUAGCUAAUACCGGUAGUAACAAUGUAGGCAUUUUUCUCGGUUAUGGAAAUGGUUCUUUCGCUAAUCAAACAACGUAUUCAACUGGUUCUGGACCAUAUAGGGCAGUUAUUGGUGACGUCAAUAAUGACAAUCAUCUGGAUAUCAUCGUAGCUAACAGAAAUAACAAAAGUAUAAGUAUUUUUCUCGGAUAUGGAAAUGGCACUUUUACCAAACAAACAAUGUAUUCAAUUGGCUUAAAUCCGUAUACUGUAGCUGUUUAUGAUCUCAACAAUGACAAUCAUUUGGAUGUUAUUGUAACUAAUUCGGGUGACAACAAUGUAGGUGUUCUUCUCGGAUAUGGAAAUGGUUCUUUUACUAAUCAAACUAUUUAUUCAACUGGUUCCAACCCCGUGAGCAUAGCUAUUAAUGACUCAAAUAAUGAUAACUAUCUAGAUAUUAUCGUAAUUAACUAUGGUGACAACAGUGCAAGCAUUUUUCUCGGAUAUGGGAAUGGCUCUUUCAGAAGCCAAUUAAUCUAUUCAAUUGGUGUUAAUCCAAUAUAUGUAGCUGUUGACGACUUUAACAAAGAUAUGCAAAUGGACAUUGUUGUUUGUAAUUUUAAUGAGCGCAGCGUUCGUGUAUACCUUGGACAUGUCAGACAAAGUUUUGAUCAUCAAACAAAGCUCAUGACUGGCUCUGGAUCUCAACCUAGAUCGUUUGCCUAUGGAGACUUUAAUAAUGAUGGCAAAAUAGAUAUCGUGGUAGCGAACUCAGGUAGUAAUAACAUUGGAAUUUUUAUAAGAUAUACUAGUUUUUCAUUUGGAAAUCAAAUAACGUAUUCAACUGAUUCUUUUCCAUGGUCUGUAACAGUUGCUGAUGUGAACAAUGAUACUUUUGCUGAUAUUGUUGUGGCAAAUAGUGGCAAUGACACUGUUGGUAUAUUUCUUGGAUGGGGGAAUGGUUCCUUUUCAAGCCAAAGAGUGUUUGCUACCGGUUCCAAAUCUCAACCGAUCGCAGUUGCUGUCACUGAUUUCAACAACGACAGAUUACCAGAUAUUGUCGUUAUCAAUUAUGGCACAAACAGCGUCGGUAUAUUACCUGGCUGCGGAAAUGGUUCCUUCACGGAUGUAAAGAGUUUUCCAGUAAGUUACGGAUCUCGUCCAAUCUCAUUUUCUGUUGGCGACUUGAACAAUGAUGGAAAGCUGGAUUUCGCUGUCGUGAAUGAAGGACUUGAUAAUGUAAAUGUUUUCUUACAGACUUGCUGA